UUUCUCAUGUCAUUCUACACCAACAACCAUGAUUCGUUGUACAAAUCGGACAGCAACUGGUCAUUUAUAACCCAGAAAGUACACCAGCUCUUCAAGGAUAAGAAGCUUAAAGAACUGCAACUAAGUAAGAUAAGCAAAUGUUUAAUGGAACUAGUGGGACACGAGAACGACAUUACUUUAUCCCUCGAGUAUAAGAACACUCUUAUGAAACGUGGAAUGAAAUGUUUACUUGACAAUUUAAACGACGAAAAAAGGCGCUGUGGGGAAAACUUUGACUUGCUGUAUAAUCUGGGUGAACUGUGGUCUGAGUUUAUGAGGGAAAUCAUUCCAACUUUGCAGCUGAUAUUCGCGAAUAUAAAGCACCUGAAUGCGAAGGGCGAUAGCGUGGAGCGGAUAACCCUGGAGCAGUUCAGAGAUGAUGUAGUGUUGUGUACUGAGAUCGAGACUGUCAUUGAGGGCAUUGUGGGGCAGAAGGAGUCAAGUUAUGAAAUACCACGUAGUGUUGUACAAAUGUUACUUGUGUUGGGAAAUUUAGCGAACAGCGACAAGACGAGUGAGAAUCAAAGACGCAUCUGUAAUCUCUGUUCACUAGUUGUUAAACCUUACAUCAACCCCUUUGAUGUAGCCAAGACGAUUCAGCAGUAUUAACGUUAUGGAGUUAUGGACAAUUAUUAUUGAGAUACGAUUAUAGUUAUACAAUUUUAUGUUUUGUUUGAUUUGUUGUUCUUAUUUUAAGACUGAAGUUUUAAAGUUCAUGAUAACUUUGCUUUCUGAUUUUCUUAUUUUUAUUUGUAAUUAUUGUGUAAUUUCUA